CUUCUAGCUUCUUAUUCUUCUUUGUCUUGAAGCAAGAUUUGAAAAAACUUUUAUUGCAAAUCACAAUAUUUUUUAAGAAAUCGUUAAGCCCUACUUCCUAUGUACUCUGUUACAUUUAACCUUCUAGGAAAACAUUUUAAAGAAUAUUUUCCAUGAACAAAUACCUUUGUCAUCCCCUGAGCAAAACACAACAGCUUUUUUACAGUUAAUAUUUCCUUCUGGAGAGGUUCUCAUUUACCAGGUGAACAUGAAUCCUGCAAAAUUUCACACAAAAAUCAGCAACAUAUGAGUGUGUCACUAUAUUAUUACUGUGUCUUAACAGUGCUACAAAGCUUUUAUGGAUCAUGCACAUGAAUGGCUGCAUUAAGACAAGUCUUGACUUAUUAAAUGGCAGACUUAAAAGGAAACAAGCUGCAACAUGUUCCUUUGGUAAUGUUGGAACUGCAAAGAAUCGGCACUAAUGAACUCAUCCUUGUUCCUCUUGAUGAACAGAUGUCGGCAGGUAGACAUGCAGGUAUUAAGCGCCUCUGUCUGAUAAAGGCUUGUGUAAAGGCCCACGUGUGGCUCAGUCGUUGAUGAAUACCCAUGGGGACUCUGGGGUUACACUGGUACAUGUUUUGUUUUUCACUUAACUGCACUGAUUAAAACCUGGAAAGGAAGACAGUUACCAUGGGUGCGUCUCACCUGUGGAAUUAAUUAUCGCCACAAAGAUAGAGGAUGGCUCACUUAGCGUCUCCUCAUUUCCUAAUAAACAAGCUGCGCUGCUGUGUCUCUCAUCACUUUUGUACAGGAUUCUAACCAGGAAGCUGCAGUAGCUUUUAUCCAUCCAGCAGAAUGCCGAGCCAGCUCGAGGGUGCCAUGGACGCACUGAUAACGGUUUUCUACAACUACUCUGGAAAUGAUGGAGAUAAAUACAAGCUCAACAAGGGCGAGCUGAAGCAACUGUUGAACAGUGAGCUCACCGACUUCCUCACGUCUCAGAAAGAUCCCAUGCUGGUGGAGAAAAUCAUGAAUGACCUGGACUCUAACAAAGACAACGAGGUGGAUUUCAAUGAGUUUGUUGUGUUGGUCGCCGCCCUGACUGUUGCCUGCAAUGAUUUCUUUCAAGAGCAGAAGAAGAAAACCAAGUAGAUGCCUACAGAAAAUCGACUGGAAACUUCCAUCAACAGUUAAUGCCCCAUCAGCUGAAUAAUUUUUAGUAGUGUUCCCAUUAGAUAACAUUGUAAAUGUGAUUAAUGAAUGUAGAUUCUUCAGAUUAAAAAAAAAAAAAAAAGAAAUAAAGUUGCCUUACCAAUUUGCAA